UAUACGUUCAUCUUACGCGCGUCGAGAUCUGUGCCAUAGAAACGGAUAAAGCCUGAGAGCUCCGACACGGCGAUGUCCACGCCGCCGUCGUGGAGCUGACCGGGUGACCGUUCGCCGGCUUGUCGCGUCCAGGAUCGGAAAGAUGUGACUGCUCGGACGAUCAGGCGUCACAUCGCGGCGACGCUGCAUCCUUUCUUCCUUCCGUUCUUCCUACGACAGUCGGAGCGCGCGCGAACAGGCGACCGGUGAAGUUAAAACCGCGUGAGUGCCGGAGCACGAGAGAGCGAUGGCGGUCACGGCGAGCUCCUUCGACGCCUGGCUCAGUAAGAAGCUGCAGGCGCUCAACACGGACGAAGGUGUCUUCGGCACGUAUAUCCGAGGCAUCCUCGAAGGUGACGAGUCCGAGGACGAGAAGACCGAGGCGCUCGAGAGCAUCCUCGCGGGCAUAACGGAAGAUAAUAUCAGCAAACAUGUAGCGGAAAUCUUAAGCGCGUGGGCAGAGUGGUUGCCAACUGAGCAAGUAGCCGCAGCACCUGCACCUAUGGAAGACGUUGAUGUCAGACUGGCAAAAAUGCUGGAGUCACAGAGUCUACCCACAACGACACAGAGGAGCUAUACGGAGGAAGAGAGACGGAUACGAGAGGCUAUACUAGCACAAUACAGUCAAAUGUCGGAUGAAGAUAAUAGCGGAGGAGAUGGGGAAGAGGAUGGAGCAAGCGGUGGAGACUGUGGAAUCGAAAAGAACUUGAAUGUAGCUACUAUCAUACAGCAAGAAAAAGAAAAAAGAGAAAAAGCCAAGCUGGAGAGUCAGAAGAAAAAGGAAAAGGACAAGGAAGACAGAGAGAAGCAAAAGCAAUUAAAAGAAGAAAAAAAGGAGAAGAGAAAAACUCAAAAAGGAGAGAGGCGGAGGUAGCAUUGAAACAAAAGUGAUGGAACGAACUUACUUUGAGAUUACAUACAUAUAUGCUGUGGUAUUUUAUCUAUAUUGUAGACAUGUAUGUCUAUCUAUAUUGUCGUGCAUGCAACGAUCUCCGACAGUUAUUUAAAUCAGUGUCAUCGAUCUUACAUUUUCGUUAGAAGAAUAUGUGUAGCAUCCAUCUAUCAUUAGAAAAUGAAUUCAGAUUCAGUACGAAUGCAUAUAUCAAGAAGCAGUACAUGUAACGUUAAAUCAUCCUGUGCCUUCUGUCUAUCUAAAACAUUGUCCUUUUUUUUAAAAAAUAUUUGUUACUUAUUCAGUCUUUUUUGUUCUCUACUCACUUUU